CCUGGGCUGCUCCCGGGCAAAAAUCGCUUCGUGAGGCGCAGGGAGCAGGAAAAAUACACCAAGCAAGGUUUUCUGCACUCGUUAGAUCGGGCGCGAAAGCAUCAAUCUCGGACUGUGCCCAUUAGCAAAGGCUGUGGACCACACCCAGCUACCAUCACUGACCACACUGCGCCUCUUCAAUCGAGGCGACUGCACCCAAGAGAGCUGCAUCGAUUAACGCUCGAAAAAAGCCACGCACCAACGACCAACCGUAAACGAUGGCCUCCUCCUACAGAGUGAACCUCCUGGACGUACUGAGGACGCAAGCGAACAGCGAGCAGGAGAAUCGCAGACGUGUCCUGCGCGUCUACGGCGGCCUCAUGGCCCUGACGCAUCUCCUCGACGUCUGCGCGGCGGUCGCGCUCGUGGCCUGCUACGGCGGCUUCGAAACUAAAGCUGCCCUCCGGCCCUUCGAACGCUGGGACUUCGCCUUCGGCCACAAGGUCACGGACGUAUUUUUUAUGGCGCUCGCGCGGGCGAUCGUCUUUCCGUUGCUGACACGUUUAGCUGUGCGGUGCGGUCGCCGGGACGGCUGCCUCUGCGCGAAGAAGCCCGCCGCACCGGAGGGCUACGCCGCGCUCGACGGCGAGGAGCGCACGGGCGCCGCCGCCGCCGCGGCUCUCUCGGCCGAUCUCGCCGACAAGGACCGCCAGCGACAGAAGGCGCACGCCGCCGCGCGCAAGCACGCGAUCCUCGGGCUACUUUUUGUCUUAGCGACGGGCAUGCAGGUCUACGUGGGCGUCAAGCUCAACAACUUCGACUGGGGCCCACCCGCGGAUUUUGAGGGCGACCGCGGCCGGGAGCGGCGGCGCACGAAGACGGCGCAGAUUCUGUUGGUCUGCGCGGGCGUGCUCUUCACGAAUAUUAGCGCCUGGCUCGCGCGGGAACUCGUGCGCGAGCUGACGAGGGAUGACGGGCUCUACCUCCCGGAGGUCCACGCGCACCCGCUCGUCUACGACGCGACGCUCUCGCGGCACUGGUGCGACCUCUGCGGCACGCCUAUUAGGAGAGGUGGCGCGUGGCGCUGCAAGUUAUGCGAUUUUGAUUUAUGCGUGCCGUGCGCGUCCCGCACGGAUGCGGCGACGGUGGGCGAGCACGUACUGCGCGGUGACCGUGGGGCAAGGCGAGAAACAAACGUGUCGUCGUCCUCAUACCUGCGCCGAGCUAUAAGCCUCGCGGCGGGCCAGAAGGGGCUCCUCUUCGUCGCCCUCGCGCUCUUGGCAUGCAAUUCUGCUUUAGCUUUGGCCCUGCCCAAAUAUCAAGGAAGGAUCGUCGACCGCGUUGUGAGGAAAGAACGAGGCGCCUUCCGCAACGCCGUCGUCCAGUACCUGUAUUUGAUGAUUGCCCAGGGCCUGUGCCAGGCGGCGUACCAAGCCGCGUUCUCGGUAGUCUCUAGAAACAUCCUGUUCGGCGUGCGCACGACCUUGUUCAAAUCCGUCAUCCGGCAGGACACGGCCUUUUUUGAUGGCACGACGUCCGGGCACCUCACUUCUAGAUUAACAAACGACGCGCAAGUCAUGAUGGCGCCCAUCCAAGCUUCGUUAGCGUCGUUACUCUCGAACUCGAUCAUGCUUAUUGGUGGAGUGACCAUGUGUUUUGCGACGUCCUAUGAGUUAUCAAUGCUGGCCUUCGUCGUCGUCGGUCCGAUCAUGUACCUCUGGGACCUGUACGGGAACUGGUCCAAGAGCCUGUCGAGGCGCGUGUUAGCGGCCUGGGCCGAGGCCAACGCCGUCGCGACGGAGGCCCUGCACCACAUCAGGACCGUAAAGGCCUUCGUGACGGAGGACACGGAGACAAAAAAGUACGACGAGGCCUGCGGCGAGGCGUUGAGGUUAGGUAUUCGCGACGCGCUGGGUUUUGGCUUAACAAGCGCGUUGACGGGCUAUUUAGAUCUUGGCACUGGUGUCUUAAUACUGUGGGAAGGUGGCCGAAUUGUGCUGCGGGGCGACGGCUCCUUAACAAUCGGCGAGCUCGUCACGUUUCAAUUGUAUUGGACUACCAUGAACGCGGCCUACCAGGCGUUGCAGGGGCUCGUGACGUCGUUUACCCGGUCCGCGGCGGCCGCGGAGAAAGUUUUUUCACUCAUAGACAGCCUGCCGGACAUCUCGCCCGACGAUGGCGAGGCGAUUGACUGGGACGUGGACGGGAAGCUGAGCCUCGAGGACGUCGAGUUCCACUACGUCAUGCGGCCCGACGCGAAAGUACUGAGGGGUCUGUCCCUGGAAAUCGCGCCGCGGUCCGUUUGUGCCCUUGUGGGGCGGUCUGGCGGUGGCAAGAGCACGAUCGUCUCGCUGCUCAUGCGCUUCUACGACUGCCGUGGGGGCACACUCAAAUUGGACGGGCGCGACGUGAGUUCAUUGAACGUGAAGGCGUACCGCGGGCUGUUUGGGAUCGUGGCCCAGGACACGCCGUUGUUCGCACGAAGCAUUCGCAAGAACAUCGCGUACGGCCACCCGGGUGCCGAUAAAGACGACGCCGACGCCGACGAGGACCUGGGCAAAGAAGUAGAGGCCGCGGCCGCGGAGGCGCAGGCGCACGACUUCAUUUCUGAGAUGAAGGACGCCUAUCAAACGCGCGUCGGCGAGCGCGGCGGCCGCCUGUCGGGGGGCCAGCGCCAGCGCGUGGCCAUCGCGCGCAUUUUUUUGAGGCGGCCGAAGAUCAUUCUCCUGGACGAGGCGACGUCGGCGCUCGACGAGGACUCGCAGCAGGCGGUGCGGGCCUGUGCGCAAAUCAACCAGUAAGAUGCGCCGCGACAUUUGAUUUCCACACAGGUGCAGGCGUCGCUCGACGCGCUGAUCCGGAAGGGCGACUCGACGGUCGUCCUCGUCGCGCAUCGCCUCUCGACGGUGAUGAACGCCGACAAGAUCGCGGUCAUCGCCGACGGCGGCGUCAAGGAGGAGGGGUCGCACGACGAGUUGUGUGAGCGGGGUGGCGUCUACGCGGGCCUCGUCCGGAAGCAGUUGACGAAGGCCGCGGCGGUCCUGGACCAGGGCAAGGAGGACGCGGUCGAGCGGGCCGCGGCGAACGACACGAUCGACAAGCUGCUGGGGUAGAGUUUUGUAAAGUCCUGUGGAUACUUCGUUCUGGUGGUUUUUAGACAACUCAUUAUCACAUAUUCGUCGGUCGGCGGGAUCGGAGGUAGGGGUCGCCGCCCGGUGACCGCGAGACGCGGCACAACGCGCGACCCUCACCCGGACUCGCGAGCACACAAACUUUGGAUCGCGUAGUAAUCCGCCGCGAUGCCCGAGAGUCCGAGGACGAAGAAUGGCGCUUGUCGAAUCCAAACGCUCGUCACGCCGCGCGGGACGGCGAGCGUUAGCGCUGCUCCGACGAUCGCGCCGCUACCAAAGUAUUUCAUGCCGCUCAGGCUCGUACUUUCUCGCAGCAUGCACGCCUCGUACGCCGCUUUCUUUCCGUCACAGUUAUCGCAGUCGUCCAUGUCUUGUGUGAAUAAUCGAUGGAACUACUCUCAGAGCGGUGCGUGCGUAGCUUGCCGCAGCGCUUAAGCUGCUCGAGGACGCACGCGGUGCACUCGUGAGCUGGGCCCACUGUCUCUGCUCUGCUGAUGAGUGCUCUCCAGCGCAGGAAAUGCAGUCUUAUCCUUCUGAGGGCAGUGCGGCUGCGAGAAGACUGCCAGCCGGCCUCUGGAGUUAAGAGGCGCCAAUUACAGCGUACACAAGACCUUUUUGGUGGG